AUGCUUGAAACAAACAGUAAUUGGAUUGUUCAAAAGUUCGGUGGUACUUCUGUUGGUAAAUUUGCUGUUCAAAUUGUUGAUGAAAUUAUUAAAUUUUAUUCACAAGAACCAAGUUUAAAUAAUAACGUUGCAGUUGUGUGUUCUGCUCGUUCUUCUUAUACCAAAGCUGAAGGUACUACUUCUAGAUUACUUAAUUGUUGUGAGUUAGCUUCCCAGGAAUUGGACUAUAAACAUAUUAUUGAUAUUAUAAGGCAGGAUCAUAUCAACAAUGCUGAAAAGUAUAUUGAAAAUGACGUGUUACAAAUCAAUUUAAUAUCAGAUACGAAGAAGGAAUUGGAUCUUGUUCAAACUUAUUUAGAUGCUUCCAAAAUUUUAGGUGAAGUUUCACCACGUACUGUUGAUUUGGUGAUGUCUGCAGGUGAAAAAUUGUCAUGUUUAUUCAUCACUGCUUUGUGUAAUGACCGUGGUGUAAAAGCUGAAUAUGUUGAUUUGUCUCAUAUUAUUCCUCAAGAUUACACUGCUACUACUUUGGAUUCUAGUUUCUAUGUGAUGUUGGUUCAAGCAUUAAAGGCUAAAUUACAACCAUUUGUUGAAUCUAAAGAAAGAAUCGUUCCUGUGUUUACAGGGUUCUUUGGGUUAGUUCCAAUGGGUUUACUGAAUGGUGUUGGUCGUGGUUAUACAGAUCUUUGUGCUGCUUUGAUUGCCGUUGCAUUAAAUGCAGAUGAAUUGCAAAUUUGGAAAGAAGUUGAUGGUAUCUUUACUGCUGAUCCAAGAAAGGUCCCAGAAGCUCGUUUAUUGGAUUCUGUUACACCAGAAGAAGCAUCAGAAUUGACUUAUUAUGGUUCAGAAGUCAUUCACCCUUUUACUAUGGAACAAGUUAUUAGAGCAAAGAUUCCUAUUAGAAUUAAGAAUGUUCAAAAUCCAAGAGGUAAUGGUACUAUGAUUUAUCCAGACAAUAUUGCUAAGAAAGGUGAAUCCACCCCGCCGCAUCCACCUGAAGCAUUGUCAUCAUCUUUCUUUGAAAAAAGGAAACGUGGUGCUACUGCCAUUACUGCAAAGAAUGAUAUUGUAGUGUUAAAUAUUCAUUCUAAUAAGAAGACAUUAUCCCAUGGUUUCUUAGCCCAAAUAUUUACUAUUUUGGAUAAAUUCAAGUUAGUUGUUGAUUUGAUUUCCACAUCUGAAGUCCACGUUUCGAUGGCCUUACCUAUUCCAGAUUCAGAUUCAUUGAAAUCUUUGAAAAAGGCUAUAGAACAAUUGAAGAAUUUGGGUACAGUAGAUGUCAUUAAGAAAAUGGCUAUUAUUUCUUUAGUCGGUAAGCAAAUGAAACAAUUUAUUGGUAUUGCAGGGACAAUGUUUUCGACUUUAGCUGAACAAGGCAUUAAUAUUGAAAUGAUAAGUCAAGGGUCUAAUGAAAUUACUAUUUCUUGUGUUAUUGAUGCAGAAGAUACCAUUAAGGCUUUGCAAUCUAUCCACGGCAAAUUACUAGAUGAAAAAAGACCUUCAGCGUUUGAACAUGCUAUUGAUGAACGAUUAGAACAAUUAAAGAAGUUAAGUCUUUGA